CCCUGCAGCCCCUUUUUGUGUCUUCGAAAAACCCUAGCCCCCCUUUCUCCCCCUCUCUUCCUUCAAUCGAAAAUGACAGGAGAAGCUGUGAACCCAAAAGCUUACCCUUUGGCAGAUGCUCAACUCACCAUAACCAUACUCGAUCUUGUUCAGCAAGCUGCCAACUACAAACAGCUCAAAAAGGGGCUGAACAGGGGUAUUUCGGAGUUUGUUGUUAUGGCGGCUGAUACUGAGCCGCUUGAGAUUCUCCUCCACCUUCCUCUUCUUGCUGAGGAUAAGAACGUUCCCUAUGUCUUUGUCCCAUCAAAACAAGCACUUGGGCGAGCUUGUGGUGUCACCCGGCCAGUGAUUGCAUGUUCUGUGACAACAAAUGAAGGAAGUCAGUUGAAAUCACAGAUACAGCAACUAAAGGAUGCUAUUGAGAAGCUGUUGAUCUAAAAUAUCCAUGAUAUCGGUAUGAUGGGCUUCUGGAGCAGUGCUGAAUGAGCCCUCAGAGGCUUUGACUGGAUGAGAUGUUGUUGUUCACAUUAGGCAUAGAUGAUGCUUAUAUUUUAACCUACUUUAAUUUUUCUAUCUACUUUGAAAGAUUAUUUGAGUGGUAUUUUUGUUGAAGUUAGUACGAGUGAGUGAUGUUUUAAACUUGUUAUUAUAUUUUGUUCAAUGCAGUUCUCUGGUAGUAUGGCGGUGAUCAUUGGUGAA